UGGUAUUCUUGAACCCUCGGGACGUGGCUAGGGUUUUGAUUUAUAAGAUCCAAAUGCGCAAAUUUAUACUUCUCUUCUGCCAUCGCUCACUCUCUGUACCGCCUCCCAAAACCCUUCUCUUCAGAGGCAGUUGAAAAAGGUGUAAAGCGAUGAGUAAGCUCCAGAGCGAUACAUUGAGGGAGGUGAUAUCGCAGGUGGUGAACAAUGCGAAGGAGAAGAAGCGCAACUUCACGGAGACCAUUGAGCUCCAAAUCGGGUUGAAGAACUACGACCCUCAGAAAGACAAGCGUUUCAGUGGCUCCGUCAAGCUCCCUCACAUUCCUCGCCCUAAGAUGAAGAUUUGUAUGCUUGGUGAUGCUCAGCACGUUGAAGAGGCAGAGAAGGUGGGAUUGGAGUAUAUGGAUGUGGAAGGGCUGAAGAAGCUCAACAAGAACAAGAAACUGGUGAAGAAGCUCGCCAAGAAGUACCAUGCCUUUUUAGCAUCUGAGUCUGUGAUUAAGCUAAUUCCUCGUCUUUUGGGUCCUGGUCUUAACAAGGCAGGUAAGUUUCCAACACUGGUGACUCAUCAAGAAUCCUUGGAGUCAAAGGUUAAUGAAACAAAAGCAAUGGUGAAGUUUCAACUCAAGAAGGUUCUUUGUAUGGGGGUUGCUGUUGGAAAUUGCAGUAUGGAGGAAAAGCAAAUCUUCCAGAAUGUGCAAAUGAGUGUCAACUUCCUUGUUUCAUUGUUGAAGAAAAAUUGGCAAAAUGUGAGGUGCUUGAAUCUGAAGAGUACCAUGGGGAGCGCUGUACGCCUUUAUUAAGUCCAUUUUUGCUGUUUGUGAGAGUUAUGUAGGAGAAGCAGCAUGAGUGAAUUGUCGUUUGAGCAUUAUGUUCGCAAGACAUUCCUUGGGGAAUUUUCCUGAGGUCCUUUUUGUUUUCUUUUGUUUUGGAUUCUUUAGCUUCAAAGUUUAGUUAAUGAUGAUAUUUUUGUUUAAAUUUGAUGUUAUUGGUUGAGCAAAGAAAGCUUCUUAUGUUUGUUUU